AUGCCACGUGCUUUUGGAUUUUUCAAUAAAUUUGUGAGUUACUUUUUGGCCUAACCAAACAAAAUAAAUACAUUUUCAAAACAUUCAUCAAUUCUUUGAAACAGUGAAUUUUUUCAGCAAAAAGCAUUACUUUUAUUUAAUUUUUGUUCAUAUUUGAAUAACCUUACUGAAAAAAUGGACCGGGAAAGUUUCAGAUGAAAUUCUUGAAACAGUAGAUUUGUACCGAUUAAAAAAUUUCAGUUUUUCGAAAAUUCAUGCAUUUUUUUUUGAAACAGUGAAUUUGUUCAACAACAAAAAAUUCACUGUUUCAAAAUUUUCUGAUAAUUUCGAAGGGAAAAUUUGAAAACACUAAAUAAUGUGAAAAAGAUUGAAAAAAUUCAUUCAUAAAAAAACGCCAUGAAAAAAAUCUGCAUAUACUAAACAACAAACACUACGCGCAAAUUCAUUCAUUUUUUGAAACAGUGAAUUUUUCGCGCCAAAAAAAAUGCCACGUGAACCCAUUUUCGCGAAAUUUUCUCAUUUCCCAUUUUUUCCGACUUCUCUAAAAAAACAGGUGUGCCUGCAAAAAAAACAAGAAAAAACAACGACACUCCGCUUGCUUGUUGUUUAGCAAGCCUAUAAUUUUGUUUUCCCAUCAUUUUUCACAUUUUCCUGUGUUUUUCGCCCAAAACCCCGUGAAAUUUUGCUUUAAAAUCAAUAAUUAUAAUUCCAGAAAGACAAAUGCGAUAAAAUGGAGCUGGAGUUGAACUACGAUCCGACGGCGCUCACCGAUUUCUCGAAAUUCUCGCUCUACGAUCCAUCGAUUCUCGAGAUGACCGUGUGUCGGUGGAGCGCGAAUGUUGAGCUGCGCGCGGCGGAUAUUUUGAAUUUUCUGGCCGGCAAGGGAUAUCGUCUGGCUAAUGUUUGUUGAAAUUUUGCUGAAAAUUUCAGCCAAAAAAUCGAUUUUUUUGCAGAACGAGACUACAAAUACGACAGACGAACAUGUGUUGAUGUUCAAAGUUGUUGGGCGGCCCGAAGCGAUUCGAAUUGAAAGAGAAUGCCGUGAAGCCGGCGGAUUUAUGAUGGGAAAUGUGGGGGAUUUUCUAGUUUUGUUCAAAAUUAUCGAUUUUUUCAGGUGAAAUUGGAAGUUCAUCCGUUGAUUGGCACGAAUGGAAUCAGAAUUCAGGAUGUGAGAUUUUUCGGGGGGAUUUGGAGUUGAGCCAAGUCCUGAGAGCCUAGUUUUAGGCUUUCAGGGCUGCUGAGCCUGAUUUUAGGCUUCCAGGCCUAGUUUUAGGCUUCUAAGCCUAAUUUCAGGCUUCUGAGCCUAAUUUCAGGCUUCUGAGCCUGAUUUUAGGCUUCUGAGCCUAAAAUUAGGCUUCUGAGUCGAAUUUGAGGCUUCCAGGACUAUUUUUAGGCCAAAAUUGUGCAGUUUCAAGCUCUGAAGCCUUAUGAACCUUCUUACAAGCUUCCAGACCUAAUUUUACGCUUCUGAGGCUAAAAUCAAGUUUCUGAGCCUAAUUUAAGGCUUCUAGAUCGAAUUCAAAGCUGUCACGACUAUUUUUAGGCUAAAAUUAUGCUUCUAGACCUAAUUUUAGGCUUCUGGGUCCAAUUCAAGGCUUUUGGGAGGCCCAAAAGGGCUUAUGAGCCGAAAAAUAGGCUUCUAAGCCUAAUUUUAGGCUUCUGAGCCUAAUUUCAGGCUUCUGAGCCUAAUUUCAGGCUUCCAGGCCUAAUUUUAGGCUUCUAAGACUAAAAUUAAGCUUCUAGACCUGAUUUCAGGCUUCUAAGCCUAAUUUCAGGCUUCUAAGCCUAGUUUGAGGCUUCUAGACCGGAUUUCAGGCUUCUAGACCAGAAAAAUUUGAUUUUUCAAGUUCUCAACGCUUUUUUGAGCAAAUUUUCAAGGUUCCAAGCUUCAAGACCUAUUUUCAAAGCCUAAAUUUGAUUUUAGACCUGAAAUUCCUCAUUUUCAGCUUGUUUUGGGGCCUGGAAGCUGGAAUUUCACAUUUUGGAGCUCGAGGAGAUUUUUAGGAGCUCACUUUGUCUGAAAAUAUCGAUUUUUGAGUUCUGGAAGCUUUAUUUACGAAAUUCUGAGCCCAAGGAGAAUUUUCCGAGCUAAUUUUCAAAUUUUCAAACUCGCAGGCUCAGAAAUUCAAAAAUUGAUUUGAAUUUCACAUUUUCCGAAGUUUUGAAGCUCAACAAUUCCUAAAAAUCUUCAAAAAUCUCUAUUUUCUCUCUAGAAAACUCUGAAAUUCCCCGAAACCCGCUGAAAAUGCCCAAAUUCCAGACGAUAACAAUGCAACGUGUUCGAAAAGAUGACAGAUUCCGGCUGAGCGACACCAACGCCUUGGAUCUUCUCCUCGAAGUUGUUCGCUUCACCGAUCCCUCAAAACAAGAAAUCACUCGAAGAUCGACAAUUUUCAUCUGCAAAGUUCUGGAGAGCAUUUUCUACAAGUGCGAGGCGCGAAUUUUCGGCAGUUUUGCGAGUGAUUUGAGACGACAGGCGAAUUCCGAUGUGGAUAUUUCGGUGCUCGUGAAAAAUGAGCCGGAAAAUCAGAAUCCUCAGCAGGAUCCAUAUUUUCGGACGAUUCGAAGUGAACAGGAAUUGUGGAAUUCCACUACAGAAACUAUAUUUUUGAGGCCGAUUCAUAGAAAUGAGUUCAGGGCUCAUUCGAUCAGUUUUAUGAUUAAUUUGAUUGCGAAGGUUUUGGCGAGUGUUCCGAUGUUAAAAGUGGGUGAUUUUUGCAUUAAAAUCAUGAAAAAUUCGGAUAAUUUGAUGAAAAAUGAGCUGAAAAUUGCAAAAAUUAAGCAAAAUUGAGGUUUCCGCUGAAAUUUGGGCAUUUUUGAGCUCUAGGCGCUAUUCCUUGACAGAAGUUCUGGCAAGCAGUGGGGCCUUGAAAAAAUAUGUAUGGUUAACAAGCAGCCGCCCCUUGACAGGCUUUUCGACAAGCAGCCGCUCCUUGAAACCUCGAAAUCUGAGGUCUCAAGGGUUCGCUGCUUGUCCUCUAGGUGCGUCCCAAGUGCCCGCUGCUUGAAGUAAUUAUAAAUGCUUUCAACGCGCUGCUCCUUGAGCUAAGUGUAUAAUCUCUAGGAGCAGCACCUUGUUCGAUCUUCUGGCAAGCAGCGGCUGCUUGAGACCUCAAAAACUGGUCUCAAGGCGCCGCUGCUUGACAACUAGGUUCUCAAGCAUCGGUGCCUUGAGAACGUGAUGAUCAAGAAGCCGCGCCUUGAACUUGUGGCAAUCAAGCAGCGGCUCCUUGACAGCUCAAAACUAGAUCUCAAGGCGUCUUUCCUUGACAGAGAGGAUAUGGAUAGCAGCGGAUCCUUGACAUCUAGCCCUUAAAGCAGCGGCUCCUUGAGACACUUCUUGUUAACCUGAAUCUGCUCAAUAGCAGCGGCUCCUAGACAGCUUCAACUAGAUCUCAAGGCUCCAGUCCUUGACAACCUUAAUGUGCUCUCAAGGAACCGCUCAUUGAAAAACAAAAAACCUCACUUAAGCAACGGCUCCAAGACAGCUCCAACUAGAUCUAAAGGAGCCACUCCUUGAUAGCUAGUCCAUCAAGCAAUGGCUCCUUGACAGCGCUAAAUCGUUCUCAAGGAGCCACUCCUUGACCUCCACUCUCACAAGCAUCGACUCCUUCAAAAAAAAAUCUCCCCUUUUUUCCAGGACCACUUCACAUUCCGCAAAAUCCCCGAAGCCCGCACACCCAUCAUAAUGCUAAAAUACGCCGAAGAUCCUCACGUCGACUUGAACUUCGACAUAUCAUUUUUCAAUCAACAAGGCGUCGACAAAGCAAAUCUCAUCGAAUUAUUCAUGAUGCGAGACGCUUCCGAUUGCAAAUUCAUUCGAAAAUGUAUGCUAUAUUUUGUGCAAUUCGGAAAAUCAAAUAGGCUUUUGAAUGGCGCAUAUUUGGAUGAGAAAUUGACGCCGAAAACUGGAUUCAAUAGCUAUAUUUUCAACCAUUUGGUGAUUCAUUUUGUGCAAAAUGCGUUGGAUCGAAAAUUGGUGCAACAGAGUGCGGUGGGUGCAUUUUGGAAGGGUUUUGGGUGAAAAAACACGAUUUCUGGCCAAUUUUCACCGAAAAACAUGAUUUCUGGCCAUUUGUACCUUAAAAAUAUGAUUUCUGGCCAUUUUUCACCUAAAAACAUGAUUUCUGGCCAUUUUCACUAUAAAAACAUGAUUUCUGUCCAAUUUUCACCUAAAAACAUGAUAUCUGGCUAUUUUUCACCUAAAAACACGAUUUCUGGCCAUUUUUCCCUUAAAAACACGAUUUCUGUCUAUUUUUCUAUAAAAAACACGAUGUUUGGCCAAUUUUAUAAGAAAAACAUGAUUUUUUGGCCAUUUUUAUGUAAAAAAAACACGAUUUCUGGCCAUUUUCACAUGAAAAACAUGAUUUCUGGCCAAUUUUACCUCAAAAACACGAUUUCUGGUCAUUUUUAUAGAAAAAACAUGAUUUCUGGCCAAUUUUCACCUAAAAACAUGAUUUCUGUCCAAUUUUCACCUAAAAACAUGAUUUCUGGACAUUUUUACCCAAAAAACAUGAUUUCUGUACAAUUUUCACCUAAAAACAUGAUUUCUGGACAAUUUCAUAUGAAAAACUUGAUUUCUGUCCAAUUUUAUAUUAAAAACACGAUUUUUGGCCAUUUUUCACCGAAAAACAUGAUUUCAGUACAAUUUUCACCUAAAAACACGAUUUCUGGCCAUUUCUACCUUAAAAACACGAUUUCUGGCCAAUUUUACAUGAAAAACAUGAUUUCUGUACAAUUUUUACCUUUAAAACAUGAUUUCUCGCCAAAUUUACCUUAAAACACGAUUUCUGGCCAUUUUUAUAUGAAAAACAUUUCUAGCCAUUUUCACUCUAAAAACACGAUUUCGUUCAAUUUUCACCUAAAAACAUGAUUUCUGGCCAAUUUGUAUAUGAAAAACAUGAUUUUUGACCCAUUUUCAGGACCCGGCUCAUCGUUGUGCUCCCUACAAUUUCCAUGAUCGAUUUCAGUCGAUCACCCACUUUUUCCGCGAUUUUUUCAAACAUUUGGCCACUAUUGACUAUGGAAAUAUGGCCAUUUAUAAUUCGUUUGUGCUUUCGAAGUGAGUUUUUCGGGUUUUCAUGCAAAAAUUUGAAAAUUUCAUGAUUUUUGAGAUCGGGAACCUUGAAAAACUCAAUUUUUAAGUUCUCAAGGCGUCACUGCUUGACAAAGCUGAUGGCAAGCAGCGGCGCCUUGACAACCAGAUAUCAGAGGUCUCAAGGCGCCGCUGCUUGUCAGAUAAAAAAUUCUCUCAAGGCGCCGCUGCUUGACAAAUGAAAAGUUCUCUCAAGGCGCCAUCCCUUGACAAUCUUGGAAUGCUCUAAAGGCGCUGCACCUUGACCAGAAUACUGUCAAGCAGCCGAUACUUGAGAAUCCGAUGAUCAAGCAACCUCUCCUAGAAAAUUGCGUUCUCAAGCAGCGGUUCCUUGACAUUAGUAUCGACAAGGCUCCGCUCCUUUAAAACUCGCAAAUGCUCUCAAGGAUCAGCUCCUUGAAAACUCCAAAAUUGAUCUCAAGGCACCGCUUCUAGACGUGAAUUCUAUCAAGCAGCGGCUCCUUGACAAAUUUUCUGGCAAGCAACCGCUCUUUGAAAAGGUGUUAACAAGCAUCCGCUUCUUGUCAGAUGAAAAAUGAUUUCAAGGGCCGCUCCUUGUCAGAUGAAAAAUGAUCUCAAGGGGCCAUCCCUUGACAAAGGUACCAGCAAGCAUCCUCUCCUUGACACAGUUUAUUAUGUCAAGCAGCCACUCCUUUCCAAAUUUUCUUCCAGAACCACCGUCGCCAUGUGUCACUCACUCAAAGUCACUCCAAUGAUGAUUCUGGACCCCCUCGACCCAACUCACAAUAUAUCAUCGCGUGUAACUCCGGUCGCCUUGAGACACUUCAAUUUGCUGAUUCGAAACGGAUUGUUGCUGAUGAAACAGAAGGAUUUUCAAAUCCAAAUGUUGGCCGACACCAAUAAACACGCUGUGGAAGUUAUUAAGAAAUUAAGGGUUGAAAGUGAGUUUUUUGGGGGAUUUUUGGGGAUUUUUAAGCCAAAAUUCGUGAUUUUUGAUGAAUUUUAAGCCAAAAUCCAAGAUUUUUGGCCAUUUUUCACCCAAAAAUCAUCCCAAACCCAAUUUUUCCGCCAGAAAUCAAUGGAAAUUGCCUGGAAAUCGAUCUUCCGCACAUUAUCCAAACAUCUGCCGAUUUUUGCAUUCUCCUCAAUCAAAUUUUGCGAUUUGAUGUUAGCGCCGAGCACGAGGGAACCAGUGAAGAGAAUUUGUUCAAUAGCACGGUGAGUUGGAGGGAUUUUGAGGGAAAAUUUGAAUUUCGCGUUUUUUUUUUGACCCGGGAAACGUGGAUUUUUGAAUUUCGCGCCUUUUUUUUUGACCCGGGAAUGAUAGAUUUUUGAAUUUUUCAAAUUUCGCGCCUUUUUUGACCCGGGAAAUGUGGAUUUUUUGAAUUUCGCGCCUUUUUUUGACCCGGGAAACGUGGAUUUUUUUAAUUUCCCGCCAAAAAUAGAGAUACAGUAACUCCUAGGAUGUUUAAAGGAACAUCUUCAAAUUCCAAAACAAUUCAACAUGUUCCUUUAAGCUACAGUAAUCCUAGAAUGUUUAAAGGAACAUGAUAAAGUCAGAAAAGAUUAAAAUUAUCAUGUUCCUUUAAAUUUUGAGCUACAGUAGGACUAGGAGAAUUUAAAGGAACAUAACCAAAUUCCUAUCAAUUUUAGAACUACUAUGUUCCUUUAAAAUCGCUAGAUACAGUAAUCAUCUAGUUGAGACCUGAAAAAAUGAACAAAAAACGAUAUGUACCUUUAAAAUUACUAGCUACAGUACUGAUUUAAAAUCCGGAAAAUAGUUUAAUUUUAAAGGAACAUACAGUAAUAGAUAAUUUUCUAAAUCCAGGCGAGACCCAAAAACUUUGCAAUUUCAAAAGACCUUCAGAAUUUAAAGGUACAUACAGUACCCCAGUAUUUUGUCUUGCAGGGUGUCACAUUUGUGAUUUUCGGCCGCGCUUGGAUCGGUCGCCGAACUCGCCGAAAACAAUUGAUGCAAAACACGGAGAACACAUCAAUCCUAGCUGUAGAAUUGGCUGUUUCACGAUCUUUCGAAUUCGACUACAAUGAACCGGUGGCGGUUGUGAGAAUGACGAUGGCUGAAGUGCCGCAGGAAAAUGGACAGAAAAAGUGAGUUUUUUGGGGGAAAACACGUGGAAAAUGAUGGAUUUUGAGCCGAAAUUUGGGAAAUUUGAUGAAUUUCAAGCCGAAAUUCGAAAAUUUUAUUGAAUUUUGAGCCGAAAUUCGAAAAUUUUGAUGAAUUUUGACUCGAAAAAUUUCACUGUUUCAAAAAUUCUUGAUUAUUUUUGAACAAAUUUUGCAAAUUUGAUUUUCAAGGAAUUGUUAUAAGUUCAAAAAAUCAAAAUCAAAAAAUUUAUGAAAAUUACGCAUUUUCACCCAGAUUUUUGAUCUGAAAUUCACAUUUUUCAGCUCGAAAUUGUGAAUUUUGACCUAAAAAUCGAAAAUUUUGAAGAAUUUUGACAUAGAAAUUUCACUGUUUCAAAAAUUUGAGAUUAUUUUUGAACAAAUUUUGGAAAUUUGAUGUCUCAAUUCCAGGGUUGUUUUCCAAGAAAUUUUAAUGUUUCAAAAAAUUUAUGAAAAUUAUGCAUUCUCCACCAAAAUUGUGAAUUUUGAUUAAAAAUGAUGGAUUUCGACCUAGAAAUCGAUAAUUUUGAUGAAUUUUGACCCCGAAAAAUUUCACUGUUUCUAAAAUUUGAGAUUAUUUUUGAACAGGUUUUGGAAAUUUGAUGACCCUCGAGUGUUUCUUUCAAGAUUUUAACUGUUUCAAAAAAUCAAAAUCAAAAAAAUUCAUGAAAAUUUCUCCACUCAGAUCUCAGAUUUUUGACUUGAAAUUCACAAUUUUCUGCCCAAAAUUGUGAAUUUUGAGCAGAAAUUCUGAAAUUUUUUCGAAAAUUUUGAGCUGAAAUUCGAAAAUUUUCGAGAAUUUUGACCCGAAAAAUUUCACUGUUUCAAAAAUUUGAGAUUAUUUUUGAACAGGUUUUGGAAAAUUGAUAUAGAUUUCACGGUUUCUUCCAAGAAUUUUAACUGUUUCAAAAAAUGUAUGAAAUUUCUCCACUCAGAUCUCAGAUUUUUUGACCUGAAAAUAACAUUUUUCAGCCGGAAAUUGUGAAUUUUGAGCCGAAAUUCAUAUUUUCAUCCAAAAUUUGCCACGUCAUAGAUCAAAAUUUAGAAAAAAAUAAAUAGUGUGCCAGAUUUGCAUAAUCAGGUUCCGCCCAUUUUUUAAUCGAAAAAGUAUGCCGCAAAAUUGCAUUUGGCUUGCAAGUCUGACACAGUUUUUUCUUCGAAAAUCCUAAAGAAAAGUGUGCGAGGAUUGCAUUUUUAUACAAAAUUACGAGAAUUAGGCUCCGCCCACUUUUUAGCUUCAAAAAUCACAUAAAAACUGUGCCAGGCUUGCAUUUUUCAACAAAAAAUUCCCCAAAAACUGUGCCAGACUUGCAUUUUCAAGCCCCGCCCCUUUUCCAGAUCAAAAAUCGAAGUUUUGCAAGGAAAUGUGAACGAGAUUCGCGACGCUCUCCACUUUCUACUCGAUCAUUUCGUCUUGAAUAAUAUGACCGAGUUAUCACAACUCGGCAUUGCUCAUUUGACAGAAAUGGCCUAG